AUGAGCAUGUCGCCGGACGAUGCGAUGCUCGAAAAAGGUCUCCUCGGCUCUGCCGACCCAGAGUCAACCCCGAGCUGGGUUGAAAAAGUCAAAGAACGGUACGAGGACUUGAUCAACCCCUCGACCUGGUUCAGCAACAGUCACCGGCCCAAGAAGCCGCUGUAUCGUACCGCCUACCUCGACGGGCUGCGUGGGUUUGCCGCGCUGCUCGUCUACAUCCUGCACCAUCAAGUAUGGGGCCACGCUGGCGUCGGCGGCGAAUUCAUUCUAGAGAACGCGUACGGCUGGGACAAGCAAUUCUACUUCAUCUGCCUUCCUGGGAUCCGCGUUCUGUUUUCAGGUGGACAUCUGGCCGUGGCGGUCUUCUUCGUCAUCUCCGGCUACGUCUUGUCCGCGAAGCCCAUGAGCUUGAUCCACGCAAAUGAGGCGACGCAGGUCGCCGACAACCUCGGAUCGGCCCUGUUCCGCCGCUGGUCUCGUCUGUUUCUACCGGUGAUUGCGACAACGUUCAUCUGGAUGAGCUCGUGGCACUUGUUUGGGCUCCGAUCGCUCGCUCCAGGGGCCCUUGAACCAGAGAAGACGUAUGUCGACGAGUUGUGGAGGUGGUACGCCGACAUCAAGAACUACAGCUUCGUGUUCCACGAAGACCCGGCCUUCAGCUACAACGACCACACCUGGUCGAUCGCGCUGGAAUUCAAGGGCUCCAUUGUCAUCUACACAUCACUGCUGGCGUUCGCGCGCCUCAGCAAGAACGCCCGGCUCUGCUGCGAAGCCGGCCUGGUCUUCUACUUCCUCUACAUCGUGGACGGCUGGUUCUGCAGCCUGUUCUCCAUGGGCAUGCUGCUCUGCGACCUGGACUUGCUCGCCAUCAGGGGCGAGCUGCCGUCCAUCCUGACCAGGCUGGAGCCGGCCAAGAUGACCAUCUACUACACCCUGCUCUCCAUCGCUUUGUAUCUCGGAGGCGUCCCCUCCAUCACCGGCGACCUGGACCACCUCCGCCAGUCGCCCGGCUGGUACUACCUCUCCUUCCUGAAGCCCCAGGCCGUCUACGACCCGAGAUGGUUCUACCGCUUCUGGGCCGCCACCUUCAUCGUGGCCGCCGUCCCUCGCAUCCAGGGCCUCAAGUCAUUCUUUGAGACCUCCUUCUGCCAGUACCUCGGCAGGAUCUCCUUCGGCCUGUACUUGGUCCACGGACCCGUGCUGUGGUCUCUGGGCGAUCGGGUCUACGCCGCAACAGGCCGGAUCCGUGAUGCUCAUGCAGAGCUGGUCCCGGCCUGGAUCAACCUGUGCCCGUUCCCCGGCUGGGGCCCCUUUGGCCUGGAAAUCAACUUCCUCAUGGCCCACGUGGUCUUGCUACCCGUCACCCUCUGGCUGGCCGAGAUAGUCACCAAGAUGAUUGACGGGCCGACCGUCACCUUCUCACAGUGGCUGUACAAGAGUGCACGCAGUGAAAACCCGACCUGGGGCUUCAAAGCAGGCGGAUGGGGAAAGAACUAA